UGACGUUACGUCGCAGCCUCGGUAAUGGCAAGUGACACAGGGUGAGGAAGACGAGUAGAAACUUUUUCAGGUACUAGUUGCUGUUGGUUGUUUGUAUGCUUGAUAACAACAAUAGUGUUACGUUCUUGUACUUAUACAGUUUUUUAACGGUUGUGUCGUCUGAGUGAGAGUUAACCGUCUUCCGUGUGAGGCUAACAAACGUUAGAGCCGUGACGGUGGUCUGUCGGUGACGGAGCUGAGAUACACCAGAAGUUUGUUCGACUUCGAGUUAAAUACGUAGAGACGCCGAAAGAAAAGAAGCUAUGACAAACAGAGAAGACGAAUACGACUAUCUUUUUAAAGUGGUGCUGAUCGGAGAUUCAGGUGUAGGGAAGAGUAACCUGCUGUCCCGAUUCACCCGCAAUGAGUUCAGCCUUGAGAGCAAGAGCACCAUCGGGGUGGAGUUUGCCACGCGCAGCAUCCAGGUAGAAGGCAAGACCAUCAAGGCUCAGAUCUGGGACACGGCUGGACAGGAGCGGUACCGAGCGAUCACUUCUGCGUACUACCGUGGAGCAGUUGGAGCUCUCUUGGUUUAUGACAUUGCCAAGCACCUGACGUAUGAAAAUGCUGAGCGUUGGCUGAAGGAGCUGCAGGACCAUGCAGACAGCAACAUAGUCAUCAUGCUGGUGGGCAACAAAAGUGAUCUCCGCCACCUCAGGGCGGUGCCAACCGAGGAGGCCAAGGCCCUGGCAGAGAAGCACGGCUUGUCCUUCCUGGAGACGUCAGCGUUAGACUCAUCUAAUGUGGAGCUGGCUUUCCAGACAAUUCUCACAGCCAUCUACAACAUCGUGUCACAAAGGCAGAUGUCAGGGCGAACCGACUCAGACUUCUCACCGGCCUCCAACGUAGUGCCCAUCACGGUCGAGCCCACCCAAAACUCUUCCAGUAAGGGCGUCUGCUGCCAGAGCAACUGAGACCCUACCACUGACCUCCUCCUUCACCUCCAGGCAAUGAGACAUGACAUAGACAGACAGACGGACAGGGAGAGACAGGUAGUGAUUUACAAGGACACUUGUACUGGGUUUGUCUAUUGUCUGAUUAAGAAUAAAGAAUAAGAGGGGGACCAGUGAUGAAGGGAUAGUAAAGAGGUUUAGACAAGGGGUGUGGUGUGGGAGGAAACGAGUGGGAGGCCUUGUACCCAGUGCAUUAAGCUUUUGAAAGAGGUACAUGAUCAGAACCGAAUCACUAUAAAAUGAAAAAUGUAACACAUUACGAGAUCCUUUUUGUGUCUUUGAAAGCUCUAUUUACAAGCCAGUAAACGCUUUCUCUCAGUUUUCCACAAGCAGGAUAUAGGGCAAUAAAAAUCCACAUCAAAAAGACUGAACUGCAACCCCUGUCGCCACAGUCAUUCCCAUUUUCCUAAAUGUUUAAUACUUAGAAAUGAACGUCAUCUACCAUAUUUAUUGAACACUAUAUUACGGUCUUGGUUGGGUUUUCAAUGUAACACUAUUUGGUUUAGAUUUUCCAUUCUGAUCACUUUGCAGCAACGGAAACUGUCUUGCUUUUUUUCUGCUAUAUCAUAUCUUUGUGUGAAGAAGGGCGACUACUCCUCGUCAAAUAGAGGAGCAAAUGCUUAAAGGCAUUUUUUACUGAAUGCACACACUGGAAUUUGGUCAAAGUUGGUUGCUUCAAUGUGUGUUUCACCAGGCCAAUAACAUCCCUUCCUACCAGUGACAUGUCAUUUAUUUUUGAUUGCUUUUGAUCUUGCUUUGGAAGGCUUUCCUGCUCUGCGCACAUGUUGUACUCUACAGAUGAGUCAUGCUCUUGCAGCCUUCCCAUCACACUGAGAGUUAACGCUGUGCAAAGCCUGCAUCACUGGUGAACGGGUUAACUGGCUCGUUGUUGGCUCUUCCUUUGACUUUAUCAGCCCUGUCUGAACCUUUGGGUGUAGUGGGAGAGGUUAUGAAAAAUGGUUUGAACGCGUGGGCAACCCUUUGGUGCUUCUGCUUGCUUAGAUAGCUGGAUGGAGGGAUAAUAUUUCAGGAGAUGAGGUAGUGAGGGCACUCAGCCCUCCCCUGCUCCUGUGGUCUCUGAUGUACCCGACAUGGCUUGUUUUACUGUAAGUGAAAUCCUCCACUGCCUGCUACCUACUCCUCUGUAUCUCUCUACACUGCAUGUAACUGGAACAGGACCCUGCCCUCCGGGAUCUCCCUGAGGUCUGCCCUCACUCGCUUUCUGUAUUUCCUGUGGAGGGGCGGGGGAUGUAUUCGGGAGCCAAGAUUGGCUUUAUUAGUUUCUAAUAGUUUAAUAGAUGAGAGGAAGGAUGGUAGUGUUAGGAGGGGCUUAAUUAAAUCCAAAGGUUAUGUGUUUCCACAACACACUUCUGUUGACUUCACAGGUCUUAAACUGGGUGGUGUAGGUUAGGGCUUUUUAAACAUUUAUUCUAAUAUGUAUAUUUGGACUGCAUAUGUAUAAAUAAAUCUAAUUUGUUAUAGCCUG